GUAUGUAAACAGGUUUGGCGAGUGAGGGGAGGGAGGUUGAGAUGACUUCAUAGGAGGCUGCGGUAUAUAGGAGAUGAGCUCGAGCCUCGCUAUACUGUUCACACUUGACGAGUGAAAGAUUAAAGAUGCUGCGUUUUGGAACAUUCCUCGCUAUCACCGUGGCGCUAGCUGCAGCGGCUCCUAAUCCAGUCUCUCACAUCUUAGAGCUGGACCUGUCUCCAGAGGAGGCACAGAAGUAUCUUCAGAGUCCUCCCUUCAGUGAACCGGCUCUCUCCGGACGUACUGCUAUUUUGCCUUUGAUUAAAUUCAAUGACCCGAGGUUUCGUUCGGCGGAGGCCGGGCCCACGUACGGGCAUUAUUGGAAGAAUGGACACGAAAUUGAAAACCCAGAGGACUACGUUGAAGAGGUAUACGACGCAAAACAAUUUCACGGACAAGACGGCUUAGGUGCUUACGGUUACGGCUAUGAGACUCCUGAAUCAGCGAAGGUCGAGAAUAGAGUACGUUCGGGAAAUGUUCAAGGUUCAUACACGUACAGGGACGGGAAUAACGAACUCAUCAAGGUGCGUUACUGGUCUGACGGCACAGGUUUCCACCAGGAAGACAACAUCCCCAAGGUGGUGUUGAAGCCUGUUGAAGAAGCGGAAGACGUGAGACAGGCUCGUCUCGCCCACGAGAAGGCUUGGCAGGAGGCCGCCGCCGCCGCUCGCAAGCAGCCAGACCCUCAAGUUUAUUACAGAGGAGAGUACUACAGGCAAUACAACUACCAGCCAAGUGUUGCGGAGCCCCAGCCUGACUACCAACCAUCAGCGUCAGAGCCUCGUCAGUACUAUGAACAGAACGUCGCUCCCUCUACCACCUCCACCACUCCUGAACCCACCGGUCCUCCACGAGGUUUCUUCUACAGCUUCAACUACCCCGUGUCCAUCCUCGUCCCCAAGAACGAGGAACAGCUUGGCAGCAGUUACUCCAAACAGACAGUUACUUCGGCGCGUCAAAACUGAUAUAACGUAUACCAAUAACGAGUAAAUUAGAAUUAAUCAUAGUUAUAGAUAUAAAAGAUUUGCUCAGUAUUUCAAAAACAUACAAAAAAAUACAACUGAAAGAAUCGCUAUGACUCGAUCAAUCGAUUUCUAAACAUUAAUGUUUCGUCAUCGAUUUCUGAUCGAUAUGAGGGUAAAAGCAUUGCCGUUUAUAUUAAGUAGGUUAAGUAAGCGAUAUACAUACAAUUCGUUGCACCUAAUUAUGUCUCGAACGACAUACAUUUAAGGUGCACUUGAAAGUAAUGAUAACUAGAUUUAUAUUGUCGAUAUGAAAAUUAUAACAAAAUAUUAAAUACUUUAAUUGGACUGGAGUUUAAAAGUGUAACUCGAAAUUUUUGUUACGUGAAAACAGAUAGCUUUUUAUUGAUUUUAUUUUUUAUAUUGAUGAGAAUAUUUAUUUCUUAUUUGCUUAGUAAGUUAAACUCUUGAACCCAGUCUUAAUUUUUUGUAUUUCCACAAGACUCGUGCCAGUAAAUAUGUAACUUUGUUAAAAUAAAAUACAUCAUGAAUGAAAA